AUGGAACUUAAGCACCUACUCAUUUUCAUUUCGGUUCUGUCUCUUGCACUUGCAGGAGAAAGCAAUGCAUUACUUCCUGAAGAAGAAUAUUGGGAAGCUGUUUGGCCUAACACUCCCAUUCCCACUUCUGUGCGAGAACUUCUAAAGCCUGGCCCUCAAGGUGUUGAAAUUGAUGACCUCCCUAUGGAAGUUGAUGACACACAAUAUCCAAGAACAUUUUUCUAUGAACAAGAUCUUUAUCCAGGAAACACAAUGAAUGUGCAAUUCAGCAAACGUCCCUUUGCACAACCUUAUGGUGUUUAUACAUGGAUGCGUGAAAUUAAAGACAUUGAAAAAGAAGGAUAUACAUUUAAUGAGGUAUGUGUGAAGAAAGAAGCAGCUAAAGGAGAACAAAAAUUUUGUGCAAAAUCCUUAGGAACAUUAAUUGGAUUUGCAAUUUCAAAACUCGGAAAAAAUAUUCAAGCACUUUCAAGUUCCUUCAUAGAUAAAAACGAACAUUACACCGUUGAGUCGGUGCAAAACCUAGGAGAGAAAGCAGUGAUGUGUCAUAGAUUGAAUUUUCGAAAGGUUGUAUUUUAUUGUCAUGAAGUUCAUCGAACUAAGGCUUUUAUGGUUCCGUUGGUGGCUAACGAUGGAACAAAAACUCAGGCACUCGCCGUUUGUCACACCGAUACUUCUGGCAUGAAUCAUGAAAUGCUUAAACAACUUAUGAAAGCUGAUCCUGGUACUAAACCGGUUUGUCAUUUCCUUGGAAAUAAAGCUAUUUUGUGGGUGCCCAACUUAGUUGUGGACAAUGCUUAUGGUGCCAAUAUUGUUUAG